AAAUCCAGACCGUUGGUUUUCCAGGAUCGGACGGAUAUAAUUGAACGGCGUACGGUUUUCCGAAACCGCACGGCGGAGCACACGAGGCGGCCGCCGCUCGCCGUCGCACGCACACCGCGACACAACACUACAGACUAGCCAAGAGCAUCUCUUCUUCACUCUCCACUGUCGCCGCUCCCAACUCGAAUAAAGUACCCAAAACAAGGAGGAGAAUCCCAUCUCCCGAUCUGAUCCCCCACGUUGCCAUCUCGCCGCUCCUCAGCGCUCGCUCUCUCUCGGCUAGGGCGCGGAGCCGACGGCGGGCCGGAACCCUAGCGACUUCGGCCGAUGGCGUUCUGGUGGCCGCUGGUGGUGCUGGCCGCCGCAUACGCGCUCUGCCGCGUGCUGCUCUUCCUCAUCCCGCCCACCGUCCCCUCCAUGGAGGUCGACGCCUCCGACGUGUUGGAGGAGGCGAACCAGAACAAGGAGGACAGCUUCAUCUACAUACCAAGGAAGGGGAAAGCCGCUCAGACUGACAAUGUUCGAUGCUACGAACCAGCAACAAUGAAAUACUUGGGACACUUCCCUGCAUUGACUCCUGAUGAGGUCAAGGAGCAUGUUGCACAAGCCAGUGAAGCACAAAAGAUAUGGGCAAAAAGCAGCUUCAAACAAAGGCGUCAGUUUCUUCGCAUCCUUCUGAAGUAUAUACUUGAACAUCAGGAUCUGAUAUGCGAGAUAUCAUCCCGGGACACUGGAAAGACUAUGGUUGAUGCUUCAUUAGGUGAGAUAAUGACCACCUGUGAGAAGAUUACCUGGCUUUUGGAUGAGGGUGAGAAGUGGCUAAAACCUGAAUACAGGUCUUGUGGGAGAUCAAUGCUACACAAAAGAGCAAAAGUUGAAUUCUACCCUCUUGGAGUGAUUGGUGCAAUUGUAUCUUGGAAUUAUCCCUUCCACAAUGUCUUCAAUCCGAUGCUAGCUGCAAUAUUCUCUGGCAAUGCAGCAGUUAUAAAAGUUUCAGAGCAUGCUAGUUGGUCGGGCUGCUUUUACUUUCGUAUCAUACAAACAGCUCUGUUAGCUGUUGGUGCCCCGGAUAAUCUGGUGCACAUAAUAACCGGUUUUGCAGAAACGGGUCAAGCUCUUGUAUCUUCAGUGGACAAAAUAAUAUUUGUUGGAUCGCCCGGUGUCGGAAGGAUGAUUAUGCAAAAGGCAUCAGAGACAUUAAUUCCUGUAACUCUUGAGCUUGGUGGUAAAGAUGCAUUUAUUGUUUGUGAAGAUGUAGAUUUACCCAAUGUGGUUCAAGUUGCUGCGAGGGCUGCACUGCAAUCUAGUGGACAAAAUUGUGCUGGUGCUGAAAGAUUUUAUGUCCACAAGGAUAUCUAUACUACCUUUGUUUCUCGUGUAGUAAAGAUAAUCAAAUCGAUAACUGUUGGCCCCCCUUUAUCUGGUCGAUAUGAUAUGGGUGCAAUCUGUAUGAUAGAGCACUCUGAGAGACUUCAGAAUCUUGUUAACGAUGCUGUUGACAAAGGUGCUGAAAUUGCUGGCAGAGGGAGUUUUGGCAAUUUGGGUGAAGAUGCGGUUGAUCACUUCUUUCCUCCAACUGUUCUGGUGAAUGUCAAUCACACAAUGCAAAUUAUGCAAGAAGAGGCAUUUGGACCAAUUCUACCAAUCAUGAAAUUUAGUUCUGAUGAAGAGGUCAUCCGACUUGCAAAUGACUCUAAAUACGGACUUGGUUGUGCCGUUUUUUCUGGCAACCAGAAGCGUGCCAUCAAAAUAGCAUCUCAACUACACUGCGGCUUUGCAGCAAUCAACGAUUUUGCUUCAAGUUAUAUGUGCCAAUCUUUGCCGUUCGGUGGUGUUAAAGACAGUGGGUUUGGAAGAUUUGCUGGCGUGGAAGGCUUGCGGGCGUGCUGCCUUGUUAAGGCAGUUGUAGAAGAUAGAUGGUGGCCAUAUGUUAAAACAAUGAUCCCGAAACCUAUUCAGUAUCCUGUCUCCGAGAACGGAUUUGCAUUCCAGCAGUUGCUUGUCGAGACGCUCUACGGCAUCAGCGUGUGGGACAGGCUGCGGGCACUCGUGAAUUUGUUGAAGAUGAUCUCGGAGCAGAAAUCUCCUGCGACCAGGAAGAAAAGCCGAUGAGUACGGACAGAAGAGUUCUCAACACAAUCUUCCAUCAGUUUCCUCUGAUGAUGUUCCUGUCAGCGACAGAUUAGUCUUUCGAAUGUUAUCCCCUUGCCUAGUAUCGCAGGGUAGCGUUCGUCAGAAUGUAAACCUCCUUUAGAACUAGUGCCCUUCCCUAAAAAGGGAAGAUCGAAAUCGGCUCAAUGUAACCUGCGAUUUCGAUUUUCAAACCGCAAGGAUGUAAAUGUUGUAUGGAUUUGCUGGGACAUCCAUUCAACCGCUUCAGAUUCUGAAAUUGUUUCAAGAGUUACGAUCUGUGAA